UAGGGCGGGUAGGCGGGGCCUCGCCUUGACAACCCGAUGCCGGAAAAGGCGGGUCUCUCCUCCUUGGCGGAUCCUCCGCUGUACCGACAUGCAGGCGGCCCUGGAAAUCACUGCUCGCUACUGUGGCCGGGAGCUGGAUCAGUAUGGCCAGUGUGUGGCAGCAAAACCUGAGUCAUGGCAGCGGGACUGUCACUACCUUAAGAUGAGCAUUGCCCGGUGCACAUCGGCCCACCCAAUCAUCCGCCAGAUCCGCCAGGCCUGUGCCGAGCCGUUUGAGGCUUUUGAGGAGUGUCUUCGGCACAACGAGGCAGCUGUGGAAAACUGUGCCGAACACGUGCGCCGUUUCCUGCAGUGUGCGGAGCAAGUGCAGCCGCCGCACUCACCUGCGCCUGUACAGACUCAGCCCCUUCCUGCCUCCUGAGGACUCCUUGGACUUCAGGAAGGCUGGACACGAGUGACUGCCUUGUGAUACCCUCACCCCUUCAGAGUGCUGCGGGCCUGCACCGUGGGCCUGGCUUCCCUGGACUCCCAAUAAAGACUGUGCAACUGACUCUGGUUCCUGCCAUUAGCACCUGA